AUGGCGGCCCUGGUUGGACGCAGGGCGCUUUUGCAAGCAUGUAGUUUGCAGUUUACUGACAGUAAUAAUGCGUGCAAACUAGGCUCGUCUUACUUUGCUUCACGACGGUAUGUAUGCUUCGCUAAGUCAAAUUUUCCGCCGCUCGGCUUUGGCGCAGUGGCACGACGGUACAGCUCGGAAGCAAAGGACGAUUUAGUCUUGAGAUAUCUUGACGGAGAAGACUACGGUAUAGUGGUUGUUGGGAUCAACCGACCGAAAGCCAAAAAUGCUAUAAGCAAAAAUCUGGUGAAAAUGAUGUCUGAGGCUGUGGGGGAUAUAAAAAAGAAUAACAAAGUACGCAGUGUAAUUAUAUGCAGUUUAGUUCCAGGAAUCUUUUGUGCUGGAGCAGACCUUAAAGAGAGGGCCAAGAUGCAGCAAAGUGAAGUAGGACCAUUUGUCUCUAAAGCAAGAGCACUCAUCACUGACUUGGGUAACCUACCAAUGCCAACCAUAGCUGCACUGGAUGGCGCUGCCUUAGGAGGAGGCUUGGAAAUGGCCCUGGCGUGCGACAUCAGAGUUGCCUCAAAUACUGCAAAAAUGGGACUUGUUGAGACAAAACUUGCUAUCAUUCCUGGGGCAGGUGGUACGCAACGCCUUCCCAGGGUGGUUGGCGUGUCUCAUGCUAAAGAGUUAAUCUACACUGCCCGGGUGGUAGAUGGAGCAGAAGCCUGCCGCUUGGGUCUGGUCAGUCAUUCUGUGGAGCAGAAUAAGAACGGGGAUGCUGCCUACCUGCGUGCGUUGGAGCUCGCACGUGAGAUUAACCCUCAGGGUCCAAUUGCUGUCAGGAUGGCAAAACUGGCCAUCAAUCAGGGUAUAGAGGUGGAUCUGUCCACAGGUUUGGCUAUUGAAGAAGCAUGCUAUGCCCAAGUAAUACCCACUAAAGAUCGACUGGAGGGUUUGGCUGCAUUCAAGGAAAAGAGGCGUCCUAACUACAAGGGAGAGUGA